UAAAGGGCUUAUGUUCUUGAUUGUCAUACACAACACAGAACAAAUACUUACUAGUUUUAAGAAUGGGUACCCGGCAGCAGGAACAACCGGGACAUUGGUCUCCGAUCAUUCAUGCCAUAGUUUUCUGCCUUGCAGCCAUUGCUGUGGUGGCUGAUAAGCCUUAUAUUUAUGCUUCUCCACCACCUCCUCAUCACCCUAAGGACUAUGCUUCUCCGCCCUAUUACUACAAGUCACCUCCACCGAAACAUGCUGAGCACCCUCCAUAUUAUUACAAGUCCCCUCCACCUCCACCGAAACAUGUGAAGCAUCUACCCUAUUACUAUAAGUCUCCUCCACCACCAUCUCUGUCUCCGUCUCCGCCACCUCCAUACCACUACACAUCACCACCUCCACCAAAGAAGUCUCCACCUUCUCCAUACUACUAUUCAUCACCACCUCCACCAAAAAAGUCUCCACCUCCUCCCUACUACUACAGCUCUCCACCUCCACUAAAGAAGUCUCCACCUCCACCAUACCACUACACAUCACCACCUCCACCAAAGAAGUCUCCACCUCCUCCCUACUACUACAGCUCUCCACCUCCACCAAAGAAGUCUCCACCUCCUCCAUAUUACUACUCAUCACCACCUCCACCAAAGAAAUCUCCACCUCCUCCUUACUACUACAGCUCUCCACCUCCACCAAAGAAGUCUCUACCUCCGCCAUACCACUACAUAUCACCACCUCCACCAAAGAAGUCUCCACCUCCCUACUACUAUAGCUCUCCACCUCCACCAAAGAAGUCUCCACCUCCUCCAUACUACUACUCAUCACCACCUCCACCAAAGAAGUCUCCACCUCCUCCCUACUACUACAGCUCUCCACCUCCACCAAAGAAGUCUCCACCUCCGCCAUACCAUUACACAUCACCACCUCCACCAAAGAAGUCUCCACCUCCUCCCUAUUACUAUAGCUCUCCACCUCCACCAAAUAAGUCUCCGCCUCCUCCAUACUACUACUCAUCACCACCUCCACCAAAGAAAUCUCCACCUCCUCCCUACUACUACAGCUCUCCACCUCCACCAAAAAAGUCACCACCUCCUCCAUACCACUACUCGUCACCACCUCCUCCAAAAAAGUCUCCACCUCCCCCAUACUACUAUAACUCUCCACCUCCACCUUCUCUUUCACCACCACCUCCAUACCAUUACACAUCACCUCCUCCACCAAAGAAGUCUCCACCUCCUCCAUAUUAUUAUAACUCUCCACCUCCACCUUCUCCAUCACCGCCACCUCCUUACUAUUAUUCUUCCCCACCACCUCCAAAACACUACUAAAUUGAAUCUGUUUAAAUUAUACCAAUAAAUUUCAUCCAUGUAUUGUUUUCGAAUUGAUUCCAUAUUUUUUUUGUAUUACAAUAAGGAUAAAGUUUAAGAUUUAGAGUGAAUUUCUUCUGUAUUAAGCAGUGCUUGUUAUAUCAUUUCUCUGUAAUAAUAUGAAAGGCAUAAUCAAAUUCUAUGAUAUAUAUUUCUUUUCUUA